UUUAUUCCUGCGCUUCCGUACUCAUCCCUUCACGCUCUCCCAAACAGCCUCCCUCUUUCUCUCUCUCUCUCUCCGCGUCUCCUUUUCCUUCCGGUAUAAAUAAAGAGCAAAUCUGCGACAACAAUUAUUAUUAUAUCCCCAUUCCCUAUUCCUGAUUCUCAUUCUCCCUUUCUCUUUUAUUCUUCUUCUUCUCCUCGGCCUCCAUUAAUGGCGCCGCCCCCCUCGUCUUCGGCUUCGACGGAGAGGGAGACGAUGACGACGAGGAGGAGCGUGCUCGUGACGGGGGGCGCGGGGUUCAUCGGGAGCCACACCGUGCUCCAGCUCCUCAGGGAGGGGUGCCACGUCUCGAUCAUCGACAACCUCGACAACUCCGUCCCCGAGGCCCUCGACCGCGUCCGCGCCCUCGCCGGCCCCGCGCUCGCCCAAAACCUCCGCUUCUUCCUCGGAGAUUUGAGGAGCAAGGAGGACCUGGAGAAGGUGUUUUCUUCAAAAAGGUAUGAUGCUGUAAUUCAUUUUGCUGGGUUGAAGGCUGUUGGAGAGAGUGUUGCGAGACCUUUCCUCUAUUAUGACAACAAUUUGGUUGGAACAAUCAAUCUCUAUGAGUUCAUGGCAAAAAACGGUUGUAAAAAGAUGGUAUUCUCAUCCUCUGCUACUGUUUAUGGCCAACCCGAUAAAAUUCCAUGUGUUGAAGAUUUCGAGCUAAAAGCAAUGAAUCCGUAUGGUAGGACAAAGCUUUUUCUUGAAGAGAUUGCUCGGGAUAUCCAAAAAGCUGACCCUGAAUGGAGAAUCAUACUGCUAAGAUACUUCAAUCCUGUUGGAGCUCAUGAGAGUGGUCAAAUUGGUGAAGAUCCGAAGGGUAUUCCGAAUAAUUUGAUGCCUUACAUCCAGCAAGUUGCUGUUGGUAGGCUGCCUGAGUUGAAUGUGUAUGGCAAAGAUUACCCAACAAAGGAUGGUAGCGCGAUUCGAGACUACAUACACGUCAUGGACUUAGCUGACGGUCAUAUAGCAGCCCUGCGGAAACUUUUCGCCACUGAAGAUAUUGGUUGUGCUGCCUACAAUUUGGGGACAGGAUGUGGCACAUCUGUGCUUGAAAUGGUUGCAGCAUUUGAGAAGGCAUCUGGGAAGAAAAUUCCCGUCAAAUUAUGCCCAAGGAGACCUGGUGAUGCCACUGCUGUCUAUGCAUCCACUGAAAAGGCUCAAAAGGAACUUGGUUGGAGAGCAAAGUACGGCAUAGAAGAAAUGUGCAGAGAUCAGUGGAAUUGGGCUAGCAAGAAUCCAUACGGUUACCGCUCCCAGCCUUGAAAGAGUCCGGCAACUUCAUUCUUACUCGAGAUAAUGGCAAAGCCUAUGAUGAUCUUAUUUAAUUUGAAGAUAAUCUAUAAUUAUCUAGUUUUUGUGAAUAAUAUAAUGCUUGUGAGGUUUAUCAUGUACUCUUGUGUGUUAUAAGCAGUAAAGUUUCGCCGAAGGCGGUAUAUCAUUUCCCUAAAUGGCAUUUUUAUUAGGAGUAAUGUUGUGCUUACUAACAAAUCUUGCAAUAGUUUACAAAUUAUGUGAUUUACAGUUGGA